AUGAUACUUUAUAAUAAUAUAAAUUUUAUUGGAUUAAAAUUAAACAUUUUAAAUCCAAAACAAAUUAUAAAAUGGUCUUCAAUUAUUUAUAAAAAUAAAGUUAUUAUAGGAGAAGUUUUAAUUCCUAAUACUAUAAAUUUUAAUACUGGAUUACCUAUAUUAAACGGACUAUUUUGUGAAAAGAUUUUUGAUUAUAUGUAUAUAUGGAAUUGUAAUUGUAAUAAAAAAUUAUAUGAUAUAAAUAAUUAUUCGUUUUUUUUAUAUUGUAAAUUUUGUAAAAAUAAAUUAAAAAUUAAUAUUAAUAGAAAAUAUAAGUUAGGAUUUAUAUUUUUAAAUAUACCUAUUUUACAUUUAUGGUAUUUAACGGGACCUUUAAAAGUAGCAUCAUUAUUAUUAAAUAAAAAUAUAAGCUAUUUAAAAUAUUUAAUUUAUUAUAAAUAUUUUUUUAAUAAUAUAAAAUAUAAACAGUAUUUUUAUUAUAAUAAAUUAAAUUUUAAAUCUAUUAAAAUUAAUAAUACAAAUAUAAUUUCAUAUUUAUUUUCACAUAAUAUUUUAUAUAAAAAAUUAAAAAAUCUAAAUUUAUUAGUUGAAUUAUUAAAUAAUAAAGAAUUGUUGUUAAUCAAUAAUAAACAUUUUAAAAAAGAUUUAUAUAAAAAAAUUAAUUUGUUAAAUUUAUUUAUAAUUAAUAAUAUUAAACCUAAUUGGAUAUUUUUAGAUUUAUUACCAAUUUUACCUGCAGGAUUGAGACCUUAUUUUUAUAUAAAUAAUAAUAUGUAUAUUAUAUCUACAAUUAAUGAAAAUUAUAGGUUAAUUAUAUUAAAAAAUAAUAAAUUAAAAUAUUGGUUAUAUUUACGUAAUAAUAUUUGUUUUAUUUUUGAAAUUAUUGAAAAACGUUUAUUACAACAAUUAAUUGAUUAUUUAUUAAUUAAUAAAUUAAUUUUAAAAAAUAAUAAUACUUUUUUUAAUUUUAGUAAAAUUUUUCAAGGAAAAUAUAGUGUUAUUAAAUAUAAUUUAUUAGGAAAAAGGGUAGAUUUUUCAGGUAGAUCUGUUAUUACAGUAAGUCCAAAUAUUAGAUAUAAUAAUAUAGGGUUACCAUAUUAUAUUAGUAUAAAUAUAUUUAAACCUUUUUUAAUAAAAAUAUUUAAAAAUAAUAAUAAAUUUAAUAUUAUAUUUAAAAGUUUAUUAAUUAAUAGAAAUUUAUUUAUUAUAAAAAAAUUUUUAAAUAAAUUAUUACAAAAUCAAUUUGUUAUUAUUAACAGAGCACCUACAUUACAUAGAAUGAAUUUACAAUCAUUUAUACCUAUAUUAACAGAAGGUUACUCUUUAAAAUUUUAUCCUUUAGGAUGUGCAAGUUUUAAUGCAGAUUUUGACGGAGAUCAAAUGUCUGUAUUUUUACCUUUGGUAAAAACAUCAAAAUUUGAAGCAAAUUUAAAUUUAAAUUUUGAUAAAAAUGUUAUAUCUCCAUCAAAUAAUAAAAAUUUAUUUAAAAAUUUACAAUAUUAUAAAUUAGGUAUAAAUACAUUAUUAAAUUUAAGUUAUAAUAAAUUAUUUAAUAUUUAUUAUUUUAAUUCUAUGGAUAAAAUAUAUGAAUUAUAUAUUAAUAAUAAGUUAAGUAUUUUUAAUUUAGUUUGGAUAAAAUAUAUAAGUAAUAAUAAAAUUUUUUAUAUAUUAACUUCAGUUAGUAGAAUAAUUUUAAAUUUAUAUAUGUAUAUAUAUUAA